UAUACAAAACUGAUCUAUCGGGAGAGUGUAGGGUGACCAUGGUGAAGGUGCAGAGGAUGGGAGGGGUUGUGUUGGCAGCAGCAGUGCUGCUGGUAGCAAUGGUGGCCAUGGUGGCGGCAGAACUCGUGCCGGUGAUGGACAAGGACCUGGAGUCGGAGGCCAGCAUGAUGAACCUAUACCAGAGGUGGCGCAGCGUGUACAACGGGUCGUUGGACCACGUUGAGAAGCCAAGCAGGUUCGACACGUUCAAGGAGAACGCUAGGCACAUCAACGAGUUCAACAAGAGGGAGGACGAGCCGUACAAGCUCGGCCUCAACCAGUUCUCCGACUUGACCGACGAGGAGUUCGAUAGCGGCAUGUACACCGGAGCCUUGCUCGAAGACACCGGCAAUGUUAGCCUCAGCAGUGGCAUGAUCGACGACGACGACGACGAUGAGCUGCUGGCCUCCGCCGCCAACAAGAAGGUGCCGUGCAAGUGGGACUGGAGACGCCACGGAGCUGUCACUCCAGUGAAGAACCAAAAAAAAUGCGGGAGCUGUUGGGCUUUCGGAAUGGUGGGUGCUGUGGAGGGCAUCAACGCAAUCAAGACAGGGAAACUAAAGUCACUGUCGGAGCAAGAGGUGCUCGACUGCUCCGGCGCCGGGACCUGUAAAGGUGGGGACCCGUACAAGGCAUUCGAUCAUGCCAAGAGGCCUGGGUUGGCCCUAGACCACCAGGGACAUCCUCCAUACUAUCCCGCAUACGUUGCCGAGAAGAAGAAGUGCAGAUUCAAUCCGAGAAAACAUGUGGUGAAGAUUGACGGCAAGAGAAUGAUGAGAGACACCACCGAGGCGAAGCUGAAGUGCCGCGUGUACAAGCAGCCGGUGGCCAUCCUCAUUGAAGCCAACCACGCCUUCAGCCGGUACAGUAAGGGUGUCUUCACGGGCCCUUGUGGGACGCGUCUAAACCACGUGGUCGUGGUCGUGGGCUAUGGAACUACAACAAACGGUAUCGACUACUGGAUCGUUAAGAACUCGUGGGGCAAGGGUUGGGGCGAAAAUGGCUACAUCCGGAUGAAGCGUAAUGUGCGUAGCAAAGCGGGUCUUUGCGGCAUGUACAUGAGGCCCAUGUACCCCAUCAAGAAUAAGUAAUUGACCGGCCUUGCCUGAUGCCCGUCACCGCCUCAUGUGGCUGCUAGCUCCUGGGACCUACCUACUACCCAAAUGUUUAACUACAUGCAUGAUGAUGUGUAGAUGUACACGCAACCUCAUCUACGCAUAUAUAUAAUAAAAUAAAAAUCUACUUUCUCUUUUUUAUCUUUAU